AUGACAAAUAGAAUGAAGAAGAGGUGUAAUGAAAUUGAAGUGGGUGCAGAGCAGAGAAAAGGGCCUUGGACGCUUGAGGAAGACACUAUUCUCACCAAUUACAUUGCCCAGAACGGUGAAGGCCGAUGGAAUCUACUCGCUAAAUCUUCUGGGCUAAAGAGAAAAGGAAAAAGUUGCAGAUUACGAUGGCUAAAUUACCUUAAACCCGACAUAAAGCGUGGGAAUCUCACUCAUCAAGAACAACUCUUGAUCCUUGAGCUCCACUGUCAAUGGGGUAAUAGGUGGUCCAAAAUUGCACAGUAUUUGCCUGGAAGAACAGACAACGAGAUCAAAAACUAUUGGAGAACUAGAGUUCAAAAACAAGCACGCCAACUCAACAUCGAUUCCAGCAGCCACCAGUUCAUGGAAGUUGUACGUAGCUUCUGGGUUCCAAGUUUAAUCCACAAAAUAAAAGAUAACUCAGACACCAACACUAAAUCUCCUUCUGUGGAUUUACUUGGACCCGUCUCUUACAAUUCAACUUCCAUGUCUCAAGAACUCAACAAAAUGUCACCAUUAAUGGAUUUGUCUGAUCCUGAAAACACCAACUCAAUGUCCUUGAAAGGAACACGAGGGAGUAGUAACCAAUGUGUGAGUGAAGAUUAUAGUUCCCUCCCUCGCCUAGAGGAGUACAUGGUGCCCACCAUGGACAAUUCUGACAUUUUACCAUUUAAAUCGGAUUGUCUAGCAUAUUCGAGUUAUGAGGAGGAUGUGACACAAGAUCCAAUAUGGAACAUGGAUGAUAUUUGGCAGUUUGAAGAGUAUGCACACUUUAAUUGA